CUGCACAGAGAGGACGACUCACUGGCCCAUGCCGCAAAAGAGAAAGCCGAUCUGUUGUGCUCUCUUUUUGCGUCUAACUCGACUCUAGAUGACGGGGGGAACACACCGCCGACCAUCCCGCGAUGUGAGUGCUCCAUGCCGGAUGUGCGAUUUACACAGAGCUCGGUUCGCAAAGCACUCUUCUCCCUGGACGUCAGCAAGUCGAGUGGGCCCGAUGGAGUCCGUCCCAUUGUGCUGAAGACGUGUGCUCCGGAGUUGGUACCAGUUUUAACGCGUCUUUUCCGGUACUCCUACUCCCAAGGCGUAGUUCCGAAUUCAUGGAAGACAGCUUUGUUCCACCCGAUCCCUAAAAAAGGCGACCGCUCAGACCCGUCCAACUACAGGCCUAUCGCUAUCACCUCCUUGUUCUCCAAAAUAAUGGAAUCCAUUAUAAACUGCCAGCUCAUGAGGUACCUUGAAGAUCACCAGCUGAUCAGUGACUGUCAGUACGGUUUUCGUCGGGGUCGAUCAGCGGGUGAUCUUCUAGUUUACUUAACUCAUAGAUGGGCGGAGGCAGUAGAGUCCAAGGGGGAGGUAUUGGCCGUUAGUUUGGACAUAGCGAAGGCCUUCGAUCGGGUCUGGCACAAGGCGCUUCUUUCGAAGCUUCCUUCCUAUGGGCUUCCCGAGAAAUUGUGCAAAUGGAUCACCAGUUUCCUUGCUGAUCGGAGCAUCAAGGUCGUAGUAGACGGUGCAUGCUCUGAUUACAAGCCUAUCAACGCUGGAGUUCCACAAGGCUGCGUGCUAUCACCAACGCUGUUUCUCCUGCAUAUCAAUGAUAUGUUGCUAACUGGUAGCAUUCAUUGCUAUGCAGACGACAGCACUGGGGAUGCCUUAUAUACCGGCCGUGCCAAUAUUUCUCGGGAAAACGUCGCCGAGUACCGGGACAAACUUGUGUCUGAAGUCGAGUCUUUGCUUAACAAAGUCUCGGAUUGGGGCCGACUAAAUCUAUUGCAGUUCAAUCCACAGAAGACACAAGUUUGCGCGUUUACCUUUAAAGGAACCCGUUUGUCGGUUGAAAAUUUCUUCAGACUGAAAACAGACAUUUUGAGAUUAGUUCCCGGCAAAUAUAGUUUAUCGAAAUCUUAUAUUAAAUAA